CAGAAUCACUCUUCAAAGCACCAUCCAUUCAAACGCCUCUAUCAGUUACGACAAUAAUAAUAUUUAUCUUACCUGAUAACGCAAACGUAAAGCAAGCGAUAAGAGACUUGUGAUUAAAUAUAUAGAAAUAUGUCGGUGACGAAAGUUCUUCGAAUGAUGAAUAAUAUUAUGCAGAAAAGACCGUUGCUGUACAACUCGGUGAUAUACGGUUCCUUCUUCACAAGCGCCGAGCUCAUUCGACAGAAUUUUACUAAUGUAUCCAAGCCAGUUGCUGAAGAGUCUAGAAAUUCCGCCGAUACCAAGGGGCCGAUAUUAAUACAAGUACAAAGAUUAUGUGAAACAUUGAAUCUCAUAGAUGAAGACACUUCGGUGCAGUCGACGAAUUAUAAUUGGCCUCAGUUGAAAAGAUGUGCAAUCUAUGGCUGCUUCCUGGCCGGACCGAUAUUAUAUAGAUGGUACAAAUGGCUCGAUAGAUUUUACAGCGGAACAUCUGUAAGAAUUGUGCUAACGAAGCUCCUCGCGGAUCAAUUUAUCUUCACACCGCCGCUACUUGUAUUAUUCUUUACUAGUAUGAGUUUGAUGGAAGCUAAAUCGGAUAUCCUUCGAGAAUGUAAAAUCAAAUUUCUGCAUACUUUUCAGACUUCAUGUGGAUUUUGGCUACCAGUACAACUUGUAAACUUUAUGUUAGUUCCACCGUCUUUACGAGUAACGUACGUCAGUAUUGCUUCCUUCUGUUGGAUCAAUAUUCUCUGUUACUUAAAAAAUGUACCUGUUGCUGAAUAUGAACAGAAAAAAUAAAAAUACUGGAAAUUGCGUAAUGUUGUAUUAUGCAUACAUAUUUACAUGUAAUCCUGAACAAGUAAAUAUAAAAUAUUC